AUGCAUCCAAAUCUGGUGCUGGAUGAAGUGUUUUUCGAAAACUUGGCAGUACAAUCUCAAUCUUACUCCAAACAAACAGUAGAUGAGAUUUUGUUACUGCAUCGUGGAGACAUUGUGAAGUUUGUACUUGGCAGUACAUCCUCAGUGUUGUAUGAAGUAAACGUGGCAGAAGCGGUUUUGCCUACAUGUGCAAAUUUAGAUAGAUGGAUGAAUUUUGUUACAAGAAAUGGUGUGAAGAAGCUAAUACUUGCCAUGCUAUUUGAUACUCGUUAUAAACUGCCUUCUUGUGUAUUCAAUUGUCCAACCCUAACGGAUUUGGAACUAGGCCGAUGUGUCAUCAAACCACCUAUUUCGUUUCUUGGCUUUCCAAAUCUUGAAAUUCUCCGUAUGACGGAUGUAACUAUUGAACCAACCUCAGAGCGUUGUGUUAUCAGUUUACCCCGUCUUGUAACUUUAAACUUGAGGCAUUGUGGUGGCACUCAAUACCUGAACAUUGUUUCACCAAAAUUAGUCUAUAAUGAUAGACAAAUGAAAGACUUUCUCAAGAUUCUGAUGAGAUUUUUAAAUGAAAAUAGGUUGGAUACGGUUCCUAUGAUGCUUCCUUUCUCGGUUGACUGCUUGUUGAAUCUAUCAAUAGAUUUAGACUCUCUACAAUUGAGUAGGACUUCUGGGGCUCUGCAGCUACUACUUAAUUGUGCGCCCAAUUUGAGUACACUAGAAUUUGGGGAAGAGUUGUUGCGUCUUCCCAGAGCUUCUCCCACUGCCGAGCUUUAUGUCUUUCCACGAUACGCUCGUGGAACACUGGAUUGCGAGCUAUAUGAAGAGCUGCUUGGCUGUCGGAGUGAACUUGAACCGGCAAAGAUGGUGGGACUGCUAGAUCUGUUAGAAGACGGGUCAACCAGGAAAUAG